AUGUCCAAGCCCAGUGAUUCCACCUCUUCCUCAGACACCGCCUCCGUCAUGAGCAGCUCCACCACCAAAUCGACAACCAGCUUGCUCAAGAAGGUCUUCAAUCGGGAUUCUUCCGCUAAGCCGAAGACCGACGAGCAGCUUGCCGCGGAGCAGAGGGACCGCGAGCAAAAGUCCACUUACCUCACUGCCGCUGCCACCUACAUGUCGCUUCGCUAG